AUGGAAACAAAGCUUUUGAUCAAGAGCAAGGUCAGCAAAUCCAAGCUGUAUGAGGCCAAGGUUGGAGUGGUUGAGUUGCAAAGAAAAUGGGACCAAAGGGGAUCAGGGACUCGUUUGCAAGCAAGAUUCAAAAAGACAAUGACGGCAAAGAUGAAGCUUCUCAAAAACAAGUGGAUCUCCUAUGAUAAAAAGGCCACCGACUAUAACGAUUCUUAUGCCAACAAUGUUCAAAUGGCCACCCCAGAUUUUGAAGAGGUCAAGUCGAUGACACUGAAUGAUCAUUUCUGGAAUAGUGGCUCAAUAACUCAUCCAGAGGAGCCUUGGGCAACAGACUCCAAUGUGCAGAAGGGGAUUGAGGCAUAUCGUUUAGUGAGCCAUUGUCAAGAUGAGCUGCGUCGAAUUUCGAGGGAGGCUAGACAAGCUGUCAAAUGGGCGGUGAAAACUGGCUUGGAUUUGGAUACUAUGAUGAAACUUUUGAGAGAUGAUUUAUCUCAAGAAAACGUGGAAUAUAGGGAAGGCCACGAAUUCUUAUUCAACCUCUGUGGAAAAUAUAACAUACCCAGAUCAGUUAUCGAAUCCAUUUUUGGAAAUAUUGCAAGGAGGCACUGUCGGACUUGGAUGGCUUGGAAUUCUCAUUGCACUGAGCUUAUCAAUUGGAGUAGGAAGUAUUUUGAAUCUGAAGAGAUCAAUCCGCACAAUAUUCUCCAGGAAUGGUCUUCCUUGAUUGACAGUUGUCAAUCAAUAUGGGAAAAGCUGGUUACUGGUGAAUCAAUAUUUACAGAAUUUGAAAAUCAAGAAGAACUGCAUGAGGAGGGACUGUUGGAACAAGAAGAGUUGCAAUUCUUGGAUGCUCAGCAAGAUGACCUUAUUGAUCUUACCAUGAAUAAUAAUGAUUAA